GCAGGAGGGCAGGCAGGCAGGCAGGCGGUGGGUCCUGGGGCGCCAGGCUUGCGUGCGAACGGGGCGAGCGAUGAUGUCAGAGGGGGAGGCAGCCGAAGCGAAGGCGGCGAGAGGAGCAGCAGCAGCAGCAGAGGCAAAGCCCAGAGCCGCCGCCAAGGCAGCCAAAGCAGCAGCAGAAGCCAAGGCGGCGAGGCUGGGCUGAGGAAGCGCCAUCGUGGAGCAGAGGCAGAAACGGCCCGUGCCAAGCCGGCUGCGAGCAUGAAUGGCCGGGCAGGAAGGAGCCUCCAUCUUGGGCCGCCCCCUGACCAAACCCCACAGCGGUUCUUGCUCCGGCGAAUUUGGAGGCAGCAGCUUGAAGGAGAGCCGCCCAGACGCCCAGUAGAUGUGGUCACCUUGCCCAGGUCAGAGUCAGCACAAUGGCUCCGGUUGUGGAGGUCACAGAUGUCAGCCAUUCCAGCUCCCUCCUGGUCCAGCUGAACGAGCAGCGCCUGCGCGGCCAGUUUUGCGACAUCACCAUCAUUGCUGAAGACACCAAGUUCAAGGCCCAUAAGAACGUCCUUGCCGCCUCCAGCCCCUACUUCAAGGAAGUGCUUUCCGAGGACUCGGUGUGCCGCGAGGUGGGCCAGAUCCUGGAGCUUCCCGACAUCCAAGCCGAAGUCUUCUCCGACAUCCUCAACUUCAUCUACAACUCCCACCUCUCAGUGCCCACCCCGGCAGCCGCGAAGGAAAUUGGAGCUGUCGGCCGGCGCUUGGGCAUCUCACGCUUGGAGGACUUGGAUGACUCCUCAGCAGGUGCCAAGAUGGACGACUCCGGCACAGCCACCGCCUCCAGGCCAUGCGCGUCGCCAAUCGACCUCACCUGCCCUCCCCGCUCAGCCGAGCCUUCCAGCCCUUUCUGUUCUGAGGAAUCGACCAAAGCACUCAACCCAGUGGAAGACGCCCAGCCUGACGCUGAACAAGAAACGGCCAAGAUCCUGUACAACCUCAGCUCGGUCGCCGCGAUGUCACCACCGACCCCUGACCUGGCUUUUGCGCUGAAAGGAAGUAAUGCUUGGGACCAGGACACUUCUCCCUCUGCUUCUGUCACCAACGACGACAACACGGUCCAGGAGCCUUCAUCCCCGCCAGGAGCUCCGUAUCCGGCCAGUAGCACUUUCUGCUGCGGAACCUGUGGCCGCAGCUUCACCACGUCUUCGGCACUCAGCCUCCACAUGAAGCUGCACCGGACACGGCGUUCCUUGUCCUGCCGCCACUGUGGGAAGAGCUUCAUUCACAUCAAACGCCUGCAGACGCAUGAAGUCAUAUGCAAGGAAGUGGAGGAGCCCAAGGAAAACGCUUUGGAAGGCAGCGACACACCGUCGGAUCCCGCCCUACCUCCCAAGCCGGCGGCAGCACCAGCCUCUACUAAGAAAGGCAUGAUGUUCCGCCACCGUAGCCUGCCGCGCAUGGACUAUAUCUCCGACCAAGACCACUUUGUCAAAGUGGUGGAUGGCCACAUCAUCUAUUUCUGCACUGUCUGCGAGCGAUCCUACAUGACGCUUUCGAGCCUCAAGCGCCACUCCAACGUUCACUCGUGGCGGCGGAAAUACCCGUGCCGUUACUGCGACAAGGUCUUUGCCCUGGCUGAGUACCGCACCAAACACGAGGUCUGGCACACGGGGGAACGGCGGUACCAGUGCAUCUUCUGCUGGGAGACCUUUGUCACCUACUACAACCUGAAGACCCACCAGAAAGCCUUCCAUGGAAUCAAUCCUGGUCUCAUCUCUUCGGAAAAGACCCCCAACGGUGGCUAUAAGCCUAAGCUCAAUGCUCUGAAACUCUACCGGCUCUUGCCCAUGCGCUCCCAAAAGAGGCCCUAUAAAACUUACAGCCAAGGGCUGGUCCCAGAUAACCUCUUGCUCCCAACUCAGCCCAUUCCUAUGACGUUGGGGGACAAUGACUCUUUAGAUGGAAACUUAGUCUCCUCAUUGGGUCCCAGCGAUGUCUUCACAACCAAUGGCAGCGCCUUGGAUCUGCCAGAGGAAGAAAACUUUCAGCAGCAAGAGACCAUCCGGGAGAUGCCUGUGCUCCCACCAAUCGAUGACACAGCCCAACCAGACGAGCCGCCAGGAGCUGCGGUGGAGGCCCCCACGGUCAUCGCCUUUGGGAGGCCAACUUCUUCUGUGAUAGUCCACAGUACUUCGGUGAAGUCACAGGCCUCUUCGGUGAUCACAUAUAACAGCAAGUCUUCGGAUCCAUCAUUAGAUCCAGGACCUCCUCCUCUCCUGCCACAGACUAUGCCUUCCACGGAUGUGACCAAACCCAUCAAGAAACAAGUACUCAAGGAAUACAUCCAGUCCCAGAAGGCAGACGAGCAGGGCUCAGAAGACAAUGGGACCGAACAUGAGCACAGAGCAAAGGUUCCGCGGGCCGGGCGUACCAUGACUUACAUGGCAAAGCCGGCGUAUGUUGGGACUGCCUCCGAAAGCCGUGCUGCACCGCUCUGCCAGAUCACGGUGCGUAUCGGUGAAGAAGCAAUCGUCAAGCGACGGAUUUCGGAGACAGAUCUCAUGCUGGACAAAGGCAGCCGUGUCGGAGGCAGGCGCUUUGAUUUCGGUUGGGACCAGAACGGUGACAAGCAGCCACCACCGCUGCUGGGACCACAGGGCAAGCAUGGCGACUGCCCAUACCCUAAUGAGAGUGGCGAGGAGGAGAGUGACCGGGGAGAUGCCGAAGACCAGCUCUGGCGCCCGUACUACAGCUACAAGCCCAAACGAAAGACAUGCAGCAGUGGUGGUACCAGCAACGCCAUGCCAAAGGUGAAGAAGUCACGGUGGCGUCGCAAGUUGCGCUCUUUGCGCUGGAUGAAACGUACCGAGAAGAGUAAGGAGGCUGAGGAAGAGGAGGAAGAGGAGGAGGAAGAAGAGGAGGCCAAAGACGAUGCCAGCAUGGGGACCAGUGAGCCAAUGUCCACUGAGGCACCCGGGGGCACUUCGGACGGUGAAGGAACGGAUCAAGCACCCAGAACCGGGAAUGGACGGGGCUCGGAGUGGAAGCACGAGUGCAGCAUUUGCGGCAAACUCUUCUCCGCCCUCAAGAAACUGAGAAAACAUGAGCGGGUGCAUGGGCGCUUCGGGAAGGAGGAACAUUCCUUGGUGUCCAUCGCAGGCGCUCCCCACCGGGUGGGCCGCAAGCCUUUGGCGAGGUUCACCUGCACCGACUGCACAAAGGUCUGCAAGACCGCCGCAGCGCUCAGCCGCCACAUGAAGCGGCACGAAAACAAGGAGCCAGAACCCCCGCCAUCGCCACCUCUUCCCUUGCCGACUCCCACCACCGUCAUCGCCUAUUCCAAGAAGACCCCCAACUUGCCCCUGGCACCCCCCCUCUCACCCAUCGUCAAGGAAGAGACCACUCAAGAGAUGCAGGUGUCGUCCUCCAGCGGGGAAGCCCCUGUCAUCCAACAGGAAGCGCCGGAAGACGAUCCUCCGCCCAUGGACCUGACGCCAUACGACGUCCGGACUCUGGCGCCGAUGCUGCCGGUGGAAAACUCCCCUCUGCCAGAGGAAGGCGGUUCCCCUUUCUCUGAACACAUCCCCUCCCAACCGCCCAUUCUGGAGGCUGUCCCUGGCCUUGUGGAAGUGCCCCCGAGUUUGCCGCACUCCCUCCAAGACCCCGUCAUCUCACACACCGGCUUGGUCCAGAAGGAGGUGUUAGUGCCGCCAGCGCCACAGCCGCCGGACCUGGAAGAGGAGCGAUACCCGGUCCAGGAGUACCCAUUGCCGCUACUGGUUCCGGGAAGCUGCCGGACCCGGAAGGACUUAGAGGACAAGGCUUCGUUCCUGACCUACCCUAGCGCCAUCCAGUUCAACAAGGCGGGCGGCAGCGAUGGGGACGGCAAGAUGGGCUUCUACCCGGACCCCUACCCGUUAAUGUACGGGCACCAGCUCUUGGCGGCGGCCUACCCGUACAAUUUCACGUUGCCAGUGGCAUUGAACAUGGUGGUCCCCGAUGACAAGGGUCAACCCCUGCCCUUCCUGCCUAGCGUCUUCAGCUACUCCAUGAACCCGUGCCGCAGCGAGGUCCACGAGGCUGGCGCCGGAACCAAUGGGGCAGCAGUGGCAAUGGGGACCGCUGCUGGCGUGCUCCGCGAGGGCAGAGGAGAACCAGCCAGCGCUUCCGAGCGGCUGAAGAAAGGAGCCCUUCUUUGAGAGACAGAAAAGGAUUUCUUUGUGGGGAGAGGAGCACCGGGGAUAUUUUGGGGAAGGGGGAAAAGGAGGGUCAGGUGCGAGGUCGGUAAAUCCCCUCCGUUCUGCAAAGGAGGCGUGCCUGGGAGUGUGUGCGUGCAGAUUUGGAAGAGGAUCGUGUUUCCGAUGUGUGUGUCCGAUCCGUGGGCGUCUCUGAACCUGACCAUGCUUCACAUCCGUUGCGUCUUGAGUGGGGCACCUCAUAGAUAAGACUGUAAAAAAAUAGAUAAAUAGCAAAAAAUAGGUACAGGGUAACCCCUCUUCUCCCCAGAACCCCCAAAUCCCCCGUUCCCUCCAGAUGAAUGUCUUCUUGCUCAGUAGACACUGUUAGUGAAUUUGCACAACCCGCCCGGCUCUCUCCGUAAAUCCCGUUGUCCCGCCACGUCUUCGCUGUCCUGUGGUGUCAUUGCAGCCCGUUCCUUUCACCUGCCAGCCUCGAAAUGUAGUACACAAAGGGGAAUUGUAGUGAGGGUGCAUCUACGCCAGGCACGGGCCAACUUCGGCCCUCUGGGUAUUUUUGACUUGGGCUCCCACAACAUAGGUAUGCAGGAGAUACCUUGGUGGAGGCUCCAAGAGGACAAAGGCAUGAGCUAACUUUGGCCCUCUGGGUGUUUUGGACUUGGCCUCCCCCAACUUGGGUAUUCAGAUGAUCCCUUGAUGGAGGCUCCAAGAGGACAAAGGCAUGGGCCAACUUUGUCCUCUGGGUGUUUUGGACUUGGGCUCCCACAACGUGGGUAUGCAGGUGAUAUCUUGAUGGAGGUUCCAAGAGGACAAAGGCACGGGCCAACUUUGGCCCUCCAAGUAUUUUGGAUUUCAGCUCCCACAAUGUGGGUAUGCAGAUGAUCCCUUGGUGGAGGCUCCAAAAGUACAAAGGCACGUGCCAACUUUGGCCCUCCAGAUGUUUUGGACUUCAACUCCCACAACAUGGAUAUGCGAAUGAUCCUUUGAUGGAGGCUCCAAGAGUAUAAAGGCGUGGGCCAACUUUGGCCCUCCAGGUGUUUUGGACUUCAACUCCCACAAUGUGGGUAUGCAGAUGAUCCCUUGAUAGAGGUUCCAAGAGUACAAAGGCACAGCCCAACUUUGGCCCUCCAGGUGUUUUGGACUUCAACUCCCACAACAUGUGUAUGCGGAUGAUCCUUUGAUGGAGGCUCCAAGAGGACAAAGGCAUGAGCCAACUUUGGCCCUGUAGGUGUUUUGGACUUGGGCUCCCACAACAUGGGUAUGCAGAUGAUCCCUUGAUGGAGGCCCCAAGAGUUCAAAGGCAUGGACAAACUUUGGCCCUCUGGGUGUUUUGGACUUCAACUCCCACAAUUCCUAACAGCCUCAGGUCUCAACUGGGUCCAUAAUCCUUGUUGAAACAGAAAGGGCCUGAGGCUGUUAGGAAUUGUGGGAGUUGAAGUCCACAACUGGGCCCAUAACCCUUGUUGAAAAGAAAAGAACCUGAGGCUGUUAGGAAUUGUGGGAGUUGAAGUCCACAACUGGGUGCAUAACCCUUGUUGAAAAGGAACGGGCCUGAGGCUGUCAGGAAUUGUGGGAGUUGAAGUCCACAACUGUGCCCAUAACCCUUGUUGAAAUGGAACAAGUCUGAGGCUGUUAGGAAUUGUGGGAGUUGAAGUCCACAACACCUGGAAGGCAGAAUUGACCUGUGCCUGGCACAGAUGCACCUUGAAAUUGUUGCUGACACAACCCUUAGAAUAAUAGAAUCAUAAAAUCAAAGAGUUGGAAGAGACCUCAUGGGCCAUCCAGUCCAACCCCAUUCUGCCAAGAAGCAGGAAUAUUGCAUUCAAAUCACCCCUGACAGAUGGCCAUCCAGCCUCUGUUUAAAAGCUUCCAAAGAAGGAGCCUCCACCGCACUCCGGGGCAGAGAGUUCCACUGCUGAACGGCUCUCACAGACUUCCUUGGCUUUGGAAGUCCCCCCAACUCUGUCCCUAGUGAAGGAGGGAUUUAUAGUUCCCAUAGCCCUGACCUUGCUUGACCUGCAUUGUCGUCCCCCCAAAAAAGGGCCGCUUCCGGCCUUCCUGUUUGUUUUCUUUGCUCCGAGCAGCUGCUGCGGCAGAAGUUUUGGAGCUUUGGAGAGCUUCCCUCCCUUCCUCCCUUUGCUCUUUCCCUCUCUCUGGCCUUGUUUUGUUUUGCAGCCUCCAUGAGAUGAAUCACAUUUUCCUUUUGGCAGGAGAGGAAGAAGGGAAGGAGAGAGCGAAGCAGGCGGAGGAGAGGAGGAGGAGAAGAGGGCAGUGUUGCGUGAAGGCAGCAGCGCAGCCUCUCCCUCCCUGAAAGCUGCCGAAACCUGAAUGCACAUCAUGCACCUACUCUGUCCUUUCCCGAUGAUGAGUUCUGCAGAAUUGCAAAUCCCAUCAUCCACAAGCAAACAGGAUGCAGGAAUCUUAGCCCAUUGAUGCACAUAAAGGGAGAAUGGAAAGAAGGAAGAGCCUGGGGAUGUUGUGAGCUUUCCAUGUUCCAGAAGCAUUCUCUCCUGACGUUUCGCCCACAUCUAUGGCAGGGACCCUCAGAGGUUAUGAGGUCUGUUGGAAACUAGGCAAGUGGAGUUGAUGCACACAAAGGGAGAAUGGAAAGAAGGAAGAGCCUGGGGAUGUUGUGAGCUUUCCACGUUCCAGAAGCAUUCUCUCCUGACAUUUCACCCACAUCUAUGGCAGGGACCCUCYGAGAUUGAGAGGUUUGUUGGAAACUAGGCAYGUGGAGUUGAUGCACACAAAUGGAGAAUGYAAAGAAGGAAGAGACUGGGGAUGUUGUGAGCUUUCCACGUUCCAGAAGCAUUCUCUCCUGACAUUUCGCCCACAUCUAUGGCAGGGACCRUCAGAGGUUGUGAGGUCUGUUGGAAACUAGGCAAGUGGAGUUGAUGCACACAAAGGGAGAAUGGAAAGGAGGAAGAGCCUGGGAUGUUGUGAGCUUUCCACGUUCCAGAAGUAUUCUCUCCUGACAUUUCACCCACAUCUAUGGCAGGGACCCUCAGAGAUUGUGAGGUCUGUUGGAAACUAGGCAAGUGGAGCUGAUGCACACAAAGGGAGAAUGGAAAGAAGGAAGAUCCUGGGAUGUUGUGAGCUUUACACGUUCCAGAAGCAUUCUCUCCUGACGUUUCGCCCACAUCUAUGGCAGGGACCCUCAGAGGUUGUGAGGUCUGUUGGAAACUAGACAAGUGGAGUUUCCCCCAAUUCUGUGGCAUGUGGACCAUUUCAACAAAAAGGAGGAAACCACGAAAAUCUGGCUACCAGUAUU